UUCAUUGCAUAUUAUUAUAAAAUCCCUCCGGCUUGGAUUCACAACCCCAUUUGAGCUUGAAGAAGAAAGCUGUGCAAUGGAUAUCAACGAGAAGAAGCUGCUGCUGCCAAAACGAGCUGCUCUAAUGUCAAUAAUGCUGUGGCUGAUAGUUAUGUCGCCGGCUUUGGCGUGUCAAUCGAACCCAGGUGAUUGUAGAAACUGCGUGGUGGAUCAAAUGAAGUACGGUUGCCCAAAAUGUGUGCCGCUGAUUCGCUGCAUGGCGCGGUGCUUGUGGGGCGGCCGUUCCAAGGCCAAGUGCGUGAACAAGUGCGACUGCAAUGGUGGCGAACCAAGGCUUUCUGAUUGCAAGAAGUGCAUAUACAGAUGCAAAUGCAGCUGUGCGGCUUAGAAGAAGAUAAGUUGCCCACCAUCAAACUUUUAUGUGUACCUAUCAUAUACAUGUUUUCGGAUCCUAUGAAAUAUCGUUGUUCUGAUUUUGUACUCGAUUAA